AUGCUCAUCGUGGACCCCAUCCGGCCGUUGGCGCUCCUCUGUCUCCUCCUCGUCAGCGGCCUGGACGCCGCCCGCGGCGGGCAAGGCGCCCAGGGCGACGGCAGCGUGGAGGACGAGAUGCGACGGUUUAUUCGCCAGGCGGUCACCCCCACCACCCGCAAGACCGUCCUGCGGCAGGCGCCGCCGCCUACCGACCCGCCGCGGCUGGCUAAUGAAAAAGUGUGCGGCAGCAUCGACAUCAACACGGAGGUGGACACCCUCGUGACGCUGCUCUCCCGCUGCACCGUCCUCGAAGGCUACCUGUCCAUCGUCCCCUUCGACGACGCCAGCACCUCCUGGGAGAACGUCAGCUUCCCCCUGCUCCGCGAGGUCACCGACUACGUCCUCCUGUACCGCGUCACCGGGGUCAAAUCCCUCCAGGCCUUAUUCCCGAAUCUCGCCGUCAUUCGCGGCCGCAGCAUGGCGCGCGACUACAGUCUGGUGCUGUUCGAGAACAUGGAUCUGGAGAAUGUGGGGCUGGUGGCGCUGGUCAGUAUCCAGCGGGGCGGCGCUGGUCAGUAUCCAGCGGGGCGGGGUGUUCAUCUGGCGGAACGGGCAGCUGUGCCACGUGCACACGGUGGACUGGUACAAGGUGGUGUAUAA